GGAGGGCUCUGGCCUUUCCUUUCCUCCGCGUCCGGCGGGCUCCGGAGGCGGCCAGGCCCGUGCAGCCCGCCAACAGGAACGCGCCGCGGCGGAGCCUCCAUUUGCUCCCAAUCGAAGUUGUAGUUUUCUGGAUGAUCGGGAGACCGGGUCUGGACCGGCCAGGGAAGAGUCGGGCCCUUGCAGAGAGCCCGCCUCAGCAAGUACACCGGGGAGAUCGGGCUGGAAGGAUGAGGGGCUGCGGCCGUGCACUUCCGCCACAGUAGGAGGGAUUUGAAUUAGACGCUGGGAAGGAGUUGCAGGCUGUGAGCCCAGUUUGUAGAAGUCUUAAGAGCAAGGACUUCAGCUCCGAAGGUCAAGAUAGUGGCCCACUUGGCACGUCCAUCUUGGGUCCUCUCCAGUAGGACCUGGCCACCGAAGGGCUUCUCCGAAGGGCUGGUCCCUGUGGUUUUUGUCAGUUUCUCUGUCACCACCCCCCAGAAACGACUGCAGAAGACCAGAACAUUGAAGCCAGCGAUUUCUGUUUGGAAAUAGGGUCGUCUUCUGCCGCUGACCCCCCAUCAAAUCCCAUCAUGCCCACAGCCCUGUGCCCUCGAGUCUUGGCUCCAAAGGAAAGCGAGGAGCCCAGGAAAAUGAGGAGCCCACCUGGAGAGAACCCUUGCCCCCAGGGGGAGUUUCCCAGCCCCGAAUCCUCCCGUCGCCUCUUCCGCCGUUUCCGCUACCAGGAGGCAGCAGGCCCCGGGGAGGCCUUGCACCGACUCUGGGACCUGUGCCGGGGCUGGCUGCGGCCCGAGAGGCACACCAAGGAGCAGAUCCUGGAGCUGCUGGUGUUGGAGCAGUUCUUGGCCAUCCUGCCCCGAGAGAUCCAGAACUGGGUGCGGGCCCAGGAGCCUGAAAGUGGCGAGCAGGCUGUGGCCACGGUGGAGGCACUGGAACGAGAGCCGGGGAGACCCUGGAAGUGGCUCAAGCACUCUGAAGACCCUGUGGUGAUUGACGAUGGGGACAGCCAUCCAGACCAGGACCAGGAGCCAGAGCGGCUGCCAGGGGAACCCCAAAGCAACCUUACAAAGUGCCAGGACACCCAGCCCAUGGCCAUGGCACAGGGCCUGGGCCUCGCAGGCAGACUGCCAGGCCAGCUCAGCGGGGACCCAGUUCCGCAAGAUGCCUUUCUUCAGGAAGAGAGUGUGAGGGAUGCACAGCUGAUGACCACCUUCCAGCUGCCUCAGAGCCGGGUUUCUCCAUUCAAGGACAUGAUCUUAUGCUUCUCUGAAGAGGACUGGUCCCUUCUAGACCCUGCCCAGACUGGCUUUUAUGGAGAGUUCAUCAUUGGGGAGGACUGUGGGGUCUCGAUGCCUCCAAAUGACCCAGAUGCCCAGCCAGAUCUCUCCCAGGGAGAGGAGAAUGAGUCACGAGUUCCUGAGCUGCAGGAACUCCAGGAGAAAGAAGCACCCCAGGUCUCUUAUAUGGACUUUCCAAGUCUCCAGCCGUUCCAGGUGGAAGAAAGAAAGAAAAGGGACAAGUUGCAAGUGCCAGAGUUCCAGGCCUGCCAACAGACAGCGCUCACUCAAAGCACCUGCCCAGCAGGAGGUGAUCCGCCAUCACUAGAAAACGGCCUUGACGAAGAGGUGACCAUCGAGAUCGUUUUGUCUAGCUCCGGAGACGAGGACUCCCAGCACGGCCCAUACUGCACAGAGGAGCCGCAGAGCCCCGCGGAGAAGCAGCGCAGCCUCCCCGUCUCCCACCGGAGCAGCGCCGAGGCGGGCGGCGAGGUGCAGACCUCCUCCAAAAAGUCCUACGUGUGUCCGAACUGCGGAAAAAUCUUCCGCUGGAGGGUCAACUUCAUCCGGCAUCUACGGAGCCGCAGGGAGCAGGAGAAGCCACACGAGUGCUCGGUGUGCGGGGAGCUGUUCAGUGACAGCGAGGACCUGGACGGGCACCUGGAGACCCACGAGGCCCAGAAGCCCUACAGGUGCGGCGCUUGCGGGAAGAGCUUCCGCCUCAACUCCCACCUGCUCUCCCAUAGGAGGAUACACCUGCAGCCAGACAGACUAGAGCCGGUGAAGAAGAGAGAGCAGGGGACGUUGGCGAACGUAAGCGGGGGUCCCAAUGCCCUGAUGGAAAAGAGCAAGGCCAAGCUGACUUUCCAGUGCUGUGACUGUGGGAAGGUGUUCCAGCGGCAUGACAACCUGGCCCGGCACCGCCGCCUCAUUCACCUGAAGGACAAGACCCGGCCCUUUCAGUGCCGGUACUGCGUCAAAAGCUUCUCGCAGAACUACGACCUUCUCCGCCAUGAGCGUCUGCACAUGAAGCGACGUUCCAAGCAGGCUCUGAACUCCUACUGAGUUCACCCACCUGGUGCGCCCCCACCCCCACCCCCACCCCGAGCUGGUGCUUCCCACUCACAUUGGUACUGACCGGUCCCCGGAGCCCCACUUUCCCCAGGAUAGAGAGCAUACCUCCUCCCGCCCUCUGCUCUCCAGUGGUGUCAUGGUAGUCCCCUCUCCACCUCUCACCCCGCAGAUAAUGAGAUGAUAGUGGCCAAUUGAGGAUUUGCUCUGUUUCUGCUGUGCUAAAAGAAAAAAACAAAGCAAAAAAACAGGGAUGGCAUGUCAUCACCCUU